AUGAACACGAUCCGAUCAACCUGGGUAGGCUGGGGUACUCUCUGCGUCGCUGGCGGCGGAGCCUAUUAUUUCGCUAAGAAAUCGAUCAAUGCGGACCGAGCUGCUCGAUAUGAAGCAGAGACCAAGCGCAAAGCGAAACUCGCGCAGAUGGAAGCCGAGCACCGACGCCAGUCGACUCUCAGCGAGAAAGUCCCGACCCCGUCCGAAUCCCCUAGCUUGAAACGGGCCAACAUGGCACAGUUCCAGAGUGCAGCGGACGAUGUAGCCUCGCCAAGCGUGGAGGCCAGCCACGAUCCCGCUCCAACUCGUCACGAACCCGAAUCCGAAGCAGACCGGGUGCUGGAGAAAGGGAAAUACGAAGCUGCUCAACCGUUCCGACCUCCUCGAGGUAAUCGAUUCAGCUGA